AGAAGAAAACGGCUUUAUUGAAGUGGCGGCGUUACAGCUCCAUGACUGCUCCUGCAGAGCAGGGAUACCCUCUUAGGCAGAGUGUCAGGGCAGUUUUGCUGUCAUAUUUAUACACACUUUUAAUUACAUGCAGAUUAAGGGGUGGUUUAUGCAGGCAUUUCUAGGGAAGGGGUAGUAACUUUUGGUUUAUGGUGCCACUGCCAUGGAAAGGGGCGUUAACGCACGAGUGUUGCCAUGGCAACGGUAAACUGACUUGGCCGGCUGGUGAGCGAAUCUUAGGGAAGACAGCUUCCGCCCAGGCCCUGUUUUAACUAGUCCUCAAUUUGGUCAGGUAUCUCAGCCCCAUCUCUGAAUGGAGGCCUGCCUUCUACCUCACCUUUGUAGAAGUUUUUGUGAAUGCACCUCUCGGGUGCAUAUCUAAGAGGGUACUACUUUUUGGGGAAUUGCCAAAUUGUUUUCCGGGGCAGCCGCACCGUUUUGCAUUCUCACCAGCCGUGUAUUCGGGUUCCAAUUUCUCCACACUCUCGCAACCCUUGCGCUUUUCUGUCUUUUUGUUUAUGGCCAUCCUAGUGGGUGCGAAGUGGGAUCCCGCUGUGGUCGUGCUUUGCAUUCACCCUAUGACUAAUCAUGUUGAGCUUCUUUUCACAGACUAAAUGGCAAUUCUACAGCAGCCUUUUGAGCUAGGUUGUAAUCUCCAUCUGAUAGUGGAGGAAACAGAUUCAGAGAGUUGAAGAGACUUGCUUAACGCAAGGGGGUGGUGGGGCUGUGCCUGGGACUUGGGUGUGUCUGUCUCCGAAGCACCGCAGAACCAAAUUAACGGUAGAAACAAGUCCAGUCUGAGCGGCAGGAGACCUGGUCGCUGGUGCGUUCACCUUGGACAAGUCCUUUCCCGGUUCCGGGUGUCACUUUCUCCUCCGUACCACUUAGGGCGAUAUACUUCAAACAUCUCUGGCCUCUCUAGGAACCAGAAUCUCUAAGAUCAAUCGUUCUAGUGCGGCGUUUGCCCCGCCCCUUCAGCCCCAGUUGCCAGCGACGCCGGAAGUGCUCGGCUCUUUUUGUUUGCACCCGCCUCCGGCCCGGAAGUGCUUUCUUGGGAAGAUGGCGGCUGUGUCGGUGUAUGCUCCACCAGUUGGAGGCUUCUCUUUUGAUAACUGCCGCAGGAAUGCCGUCUUGGAAGCCGAUUUUGCAAAGAGGGGAUACAAGCUUCCAAAGGCCCGCAAAACUGGCACGACCAUCGCUGGGGUGGUCUAUAAGGAUGGCAUAGUUCUUGGAGCAGAUACAAGAGCAACUGAAGGGAUGGUUGUUGCUGACAAGAACUGUUCAAAAAUACAUUUCAUAUCUCCUAAUAUUUAUUGUUGUGGUGCUGGGACAGCUGCAGACACAGACAUGACAACCCAGCUCAUUUCUUCCAACUUGGAGCUCCACUCCCUCUCCACUGGCCGUCUUCCCAGAGUUGUGACAGCCAAUAGAAUGCUGAAGCAGAUGCUUUUCAGGUAUCAAGGUUACAUUGGUGCAGCCCUAGUUUUAGGGGGAGUAGAUGUUACUGGACCUCACCUCUACAGCAUCUAUCCUCACGGAUCAACUGAUAAGUUGCCUUAUGUCACCAUGGGUUCUGGCUCGUUGGCAGCAAUGGCUGUAUUUGAAGAUAAGUUUAGGCCAGACAUGGAGGAGGAAGAAGCCAAGAAGCUGGUGAGCGAAGCCAUCGCAGCUGGCAUCUUCAACGACCUGGGCUCCGGAAGCAACAUUGACCUCUGCGUCAUCAGCAAGAACAAGCUGGAUUUUCUCCGCCCAUACACAGUGCCCAACAAGAAGGGGACCAGGCUUGGCCGGUACAGGUGUGAGAAAGGGACUACUGCAGUCCUCACUGAGAAAAUCACUCCUCUGGAGAUUGAGGUGCUGGAAGAAACAGUCCAAACAAUGGACACUUCCUGAAUGGCAUCAGUGGGUGGCUGGCUGCGGUUCUGGAAGAGGGUGGGCAUUGAUGCCCAGUAAGACAUUCAUGUGGCUAGUGUUUGCUGAAUGAAACUCAAUAAAAAACAAAAACCAAAUUGGGCAGCUGA